CUCACCGACGCCUCCGGCACCUCCCUGUGGUGGCGAUCCUAUGGUCGCAACCGGCGUUGCAUCACGGUGGACCUACACAGCGCAGCUGGGCAGGGAGUGGUGAGGCGACUGGCGGGGCGCAGCGACGUCCUGGUCGAGAACUUCCGCCCAGGCGUCAUGGAGGGCUGGGGCCUGGGCCCCAAGGAUCUGCCACCCCACCUGAUUUACACCCGCAUCUCGGGGUAUGGCCAAACGGGCCCCAGGGCACGGGAGCCGGGCUACGCCUCCGUGUGCGAGGCCUACGGCGGUCUGCGGGCCAUCAAUGGCUUCCCGGACGGACCCCCCAUCCGGCCCAACAUCUCGCUGGGCGACUCGCUGGCGGGGCUGCACGCCGCCUUUGGCGCCGUCAUGGCCCUCCUGCAUCGCGACAGGGCGCGCGGGCCAGGAGGUGCCUGCGCGGGACCCGGCACUCCCAGCGGCUCCGGCCAGGUGGUGGACGUGGCGAUCUCGGAGUCCAUCUUCAACAUGAUGGAGGGUGCGGUGCCGGAGUGGUUUACGCACAGGGCGAUCCGCCCGCCCUCCGGCACCACGCUGACAAACGUCGUGCCCAGCGGCGCAUGGCAGGCCCAGGAUGGAAAGUACGUCAUCAUUGGCGGCAACGGCAACAGCGUGUACAACCGGCUCGUGGCGGCGAUGGGGAGGGAGGACCUGGGCCUCACCAACCCCCGCUUCGCCACCGACGCCGUUCGGAACGAGAACGAGGAGGAGCUGAACGCCGUGAUUGCGACGUGGGUGGCGGGCCGCAGCAGCGAGGAGGUGAUGAGCGUUCUCAAAGCGGCGCGGGUGCCCGCCGGCCCCAUCCUGAACAUGGCUGACAUUGCGGGGGAGGCGCAGUACCAGGCACGGGGCAUGUUCCAGCCAGCUCUCCCUCCAGGAGGUGGCGAGGAGGUGGUGCUGCCGGCCAUGAGCCCCGUGCUGGGCGGUACACCAGGCAGGACGCGCUGGGCCGGGCCGGGCCUGGGCCAGCACACCGAGGAGGUGCUCAGGGAGGAGCUUGGCAUGACGCAGGAGGAGGUAGCAGACCUGAGGCAGUCGGGGGCGAUAUGA